AUGCGGGGAGAGUUGACUGCAGAAGGACAUUCAGACACAAUGGAAAGUCCAGCUCGAAAACUCCACCUCCCUGCGGAGGAGACCCUCUGUCGUAGCUCCUCUUUCUCUUCUUCCCCUUCUCCUUUGUCUGCCUCUUCCUCCCAUUCGUCGUCUUCAUCCUCUCCAUCUUCCUCUUGUUCGUCUUCCUCCUCUUUUCUCUCUUCUUGUAACCUUUCUCAUCUUCGUUUCCGCCGCUUCCCGCGUCUCCUUCCACUGUCUGUUGUCGAUCGGGUCUCAGAAAGGCUGCGGUACCUUUCUUCUUCUCGGUCUUCCUUCCACGUUCGUUCUCGCUCUUCUCUCUCUUCUGCGUCCGUUUCUUCUUGCUUUCCAUCGAGUUGCUCUUCUCUCUGGCAGGUGUCUCCUCGAGAGGCGUGGAGAGCGAGAGACGCUGCGUAUGAGCAGGCCGUUGAAGAUCUGCGCGACCUCGAAGAGCGACAGCAGAUCCUGAUGAGGGAGAGGGAAAAAUGCGAGACCGACAUACAAGCCUUGUUGAAAAGCACCCUAUCUGAACCGUACAGCGUCUUUACACUUCGGUACUUCCUCGACGGCUGGCCGGAACUCACUGUCCUCGCCUACGACGGCGACGUCUGUGCUGGCGCAUGCAUUUGCAAGGUUGACGAGAAGGCGAGAAGUUCGUCCCUGGCGGACUUGCCCCUGUUCUCCUUCUCCAGUCCGAGAAGCGACCGAGCCGCGAGUCUCAGGACUUCCUCGUCGACAGAGAUUGCUUGCGAGCAAGAGACACGAGCGCAGUUCCUCGACGACCAAGAACAACGGGGAGCUGUCAGCUGCGAAGCCGCGCGAAGCCGACAGGCAGCUGUGGGGAAAGGGUACAUUGCCAUGCUGUCUGUACACCCGAACUACCGGCGACGGGGCCUGGCCGCCCAUCUCGUUCAGACAGCUCUGGAGGUAAUGCGAAGCAGGAAGCGAAGAAACUCAGUUGAAACGAUUCCAUCUGGAGAGGAGUCUGGGGACAAGAUAGAAGCUCUGCAGCUACUCACCUCCGCUGCGUUUCGGGAGGUAACGGACAGCCAGAUGCUGCGACAGGAAGCGACAGAGCAUGCGGAUCAUGAACGAGGACAGGAAAAAGAAGAAGAGAAAACGGAGGAGGAAACGACAGGGAAGGUGGUGAGUUGCCGCAUCGAAACUGAAGCUGGAAACGAAGGCGCGCUGCGGCUGUACGAGUCUCUCUCUUUCGUUAGAGUCGCACGCAUGCAACGGUUCUAUUUGAACGACAGCGACGCCUUCAAGCUCUCGAGGUCUUUCGAAAACGAACAAGCUUGCUCAAGCACAAACAAGGAAGCAACCAGAGAGAAUCGACUCCAAAAGCUUCUCAGCACAUCCACUUGCUGGUGGUAG